AUGUGGGCUCCCCCUGGUGGAGACUGGGAUAAGUACAGGGUGCUGCUGUUAAAUGGGACCCAGACUCUGGAUAACAGGACCGUGGAGAAAGGGGUGGUGGAGCACCUUCUCUGGCCUGGGACUGGUUCCUGGGAGGACCUACAGGGCUGGGGUCAUGCUCCUAAGCCUGUCUCAGAGCUCCAUAUCCGCCAUGCUGACGAGACCUCCUCAGCGCCCUGUGGAGUCACGCCCCAACUCAGCCAGGGGACGGCUCGCCGUGGGCUCCGCCAUGGCAAUGCCACGGUUGCCACGAGAGACCUGACCCGUGACAUGAGGGAGUGCACCUUCAACGUGCUCAUGCCUGGACGUGGUGUUCACCAUUACCGUGACAACCAAGAGCGGGAGCUCAACAGCUCUGUGAGGCGUGUCCACCUGAGCAACCAGGGCCACGUGGACAGUUUACAGGCCAGCUGGGAACUCCCCCCUGGAGAUCUGGACUUCUGCAGCCUGCAGCUCCUCCACAACAACCGGGCUGUGCAGAACCACACCGUCCCAGCCAACACCACCUCUCUGCAGCUCAGAGACCUCAGGCCUGGCGCCUCCUACAGGCUGGUGGUCAGUACUGUCAGUGGUGGGAUGGUUUCGAAGCAGGCCAUGGCUGAGGGACGCACUGUACCAGCUGCGAUCGGAGAGGUCACGGUCAGUAACAACGGUCGUCCAGACUUCCUGGGGGUGUCGUGGCAGCCAGCGGUCGGAGAUGUGGACAGUUACCUGGUCCUACUGAAGGACCGCGACAGGACCGUACACAACCUGGUGGUUUCUAAGGCAAGCCCAGAGUGUGUGUUUAACUCCCUCAAGUCAGGGAGGCUGUACACCGUCUCCAUAGCAACCCGCAGCGGCAGCUUCCAGAACAACACGGUGGUGACGGCUCGUACACAACCCUCCAGUGUCCAGAACCCCAACGCCAUCCACUCUGCCAGGGACGACUUCCUGAAAGUCUACUGGCGCCAUGCGUCCGGAGACUUGGACCGUUACGAGGUGGUCAUUAAGUACAACAACACGGUGGUCCAGAACCAGACGGUGGCGCGGUCGCAGAACGACUGUGUGUUCAGCUCCCUGGUCCCCGGGAGGCUUUAUACAGUCACUGUCAGCACCUGGAGCGGAGAGUACCAGUCCAGUGUUUCUACUGAUGGGAGAACGUGUGAGUCUAUUAACUACAGUCUGAGAAGUGAGGUGGAGGAUGUGGAAGAGGCCCAGGUUGAAGCCAUUGGUCCUGAAGAUUCUAUUCUGUAUGUGUUCUCUCCUAUAGAUUCUAUCGUGUAUGUGUUCUCUCCUAUAGAUCGUUACGUAUACAUCUGUGAGCGUGAAUACUGUAUCCCCUUCUGUGAGUACAUAUACGUCUGUGAGCGUGAAUACUGUAUCUCCAUCUGUGAGUACGUAUACGUCUGUGAGCGUGAAUACUGUAUCUCCAUCUGUGAGUACGUAUACGUCUGUGAGCGUGAAUACUGUAUCUCCAUCUGUGAGUACGUAUACGUCUGUGAGCGUGAAUACUGUAUCUCCAUCUGUGAGUACGUAUACGCCUGUGAGCGUGAAUACUGUAUCUACAUCUGUGAGUACUUAUACGUCUGUGAGCGUGAAUACUGUAUCUCCAUCUGUGAGUACGUAUACGUCUCUUCCUCCUGUCCCCCCUCCCUGCUGUCCCCUCCUCCCUUCCUCCCCCUCCCUCCCUCCCUCUGUCAGAAGCUGCAGGUUGAUGUGAGGAGGUUAACCAUGUCUCUUCUAAAGCGGUUCAGAGAGGGAGUAGCUGCUGCUCUGGACAUCUCUCCCAGACACGUACACAUCAACAGACUCAAUGAGAGGAAGAAUGGCAUUGAGCUGUAUGUGUCAUCUGAUAGGCCAGGGGCCACGGAGCCCCUCCCAGCAGAGGAAGUUAUCCAAUCACUGAACAUCAACACCCUGCAUCGUAGCCUGGGUCACUUCGGCAUCACAGAGGUCUCCUCGGAGAGGAAUGUGCUACAGGAUCAACAUGAGAGGGACAAUAUUUGGACUAAAGAGGGAUUCUUUGCUGCGGUCAUCUUCCUCACCAUCUUCAUCAUCAUCAUCACCUGUUUGAUGGUCCUCUACCGUCGAAAGGAGAAGGUUGAAUAUUCUGACAGGCAGACCAAAGAGCAGUCCGUGUUCCCCAGCCGCGACCUUCACCUGACCCCUGUCACCGUCCCACCCCCGGUCCCGCUGCACACCGUCGGAGCCCAGACCCAGCCCCAGGUCCCCUUCUCUAGCAGCAUGGUCCAAGCGGAGCCAGCACCGCCUUCUACACCCACAUCCAUACCUCCACCCAGAGCCUGCCGUCCUCCACCCACCACCCCUGUCCCCAUCCCUGUCUCCAGCUCCAGCUGUGGUCCUCCGCAGCUCCCCCCUGCCCACCAGAAACCCUGCCUGUCAGCCAGCCCCUCUCCCUUCAGGAUGAAGCCUGCCGCGUGUCUCCAGGAGAGGAGAGGUUCCAACGUCUCCCUGGUGCUGGACAUGUCCUCCCUGGCCUCGGUGGAGCCUCUGAACUGUGGGGUGGUGACCCCCAGAGAGAGGGCCACUCAGGAGUACCUGCAGUCAGCCAGCCGGACCCUGUCCAGACAGCAGCUACGAGACGUGGUGCUCAACACACAGACGCUGCAUGCAGAGUUCGCUGAAAUCCCAAUGAACUUUGUGGAUCCAAAGGUGAUGGACAUUUCCAGUCAUGGAACCAAAAAUAGAUACAAGACAAUACUGCCAAAUCCACAUUCCAGAGUGAUCCUGAGGACCAAGAGCUCCUUCGACCCUCUCAGCAGCUACAUCAACGCCAACUACAUUAGGGGUUACCUAGGCGAUGAGAAGGCCUACAUCGCCACCCAGGGUCCCAUGAUCAACACAGUGAAUGAUUUCUGGCAGAUGGCCUGGCAGGAAGACUGUCCUGUCAUCAUCAUGAUCACCAAGCUCAGGGAAAAGAACGAGAAAUGUGUUCUGUACUGGCCAGAGAGGCGUGGUAUCUAUGGCAAGGUGGAGGUGCUCAUUAACAACGUGACAGAGUGUGACAACUACACCUGUCGGACCCUCAACCUGAAGCAAGGGGCCCAGAGUCGUGUGGUGAAGCACUACUGGUACACAUCGUGGCCGGACCAUAAGACCCCAGACAGCGCCCAGCCCCUGCUCCAGCUGAUGAGAGACGUGGAGGAGGACAGGACGGGCUCCCCAUCGCAGGGACCCGUCAUCGUGUGUAGCGCAGGGAUUGGCCGAACGGGCUGCUUCAUCGCCACGACGAUAGGCUGUCGUCAGUUGGAGCUGGAGGGAGUGGUAGAUGUGCUGGGGAUUGUGUGUCAGCUCAGAGCGGACAGAGGAGGUCUGAUCCAGACAGGGGAGCAGUACGAGUUUGUCCACCACGCCUUGAGCCUCUUCGAGACACGCCUCUCCGCCGACACCGGCCAAUGAACAGAGGCCAGGAAGUUUUCGCUAAACAUGCCAGGUUUUUCCAGGAAGUGGAAUUUAAUUCCCCCUAGCGGGAAGGACCUAUCUUACCUGGUGACUGUGAGGUCAUGUGACUAAUGAGGAAGUGGAUGUUCGGGUGACGAUUGGAUGGUAGAUGUCCUUGUGGGCUUUGUCUUUGUGGACAUGUAUGGACAGCCUGGACUGAUUGAUUGAGUCUCCUUACAGAGAGAGAGAUGGAGGUAUGGACAGGUGAUUAUGUCUCUGAAUGUAAUGUAUCCUUUCUUCUCUUCCUCUCUUUCCUCCUCCUCUUCUUCUUCUUCUACUACUUCCUGUCAUUCGUGAGCAGCCCUGCUUCUGAAAACGUUGUUGUGAGCAACCUGCCUCUGUCCAAUCAAACUCUCUGAUACUGCAGCUCUGUCCAAUCAGAUUGCCUGAUAUUGAUUAUGUAGUAUACCUACACUCUGACCUCUUACUACUAUGUGCUACAGUAGAUGGGUAGGUAGUCUGUGGUCCUUGAAUCGUCCAUGGUGUUUCUAUUAUAAAGCAAAAGGUACGCUGUUGAAAUUAA